GGCCGGCCCCGAGCGCGUCCCUUAUCGCAGACAGGCACCGGGGGCCGGGGAUCGCAUCAUUAUCAUGGGCACUGUUUGCUUUUCGCGGCGCUGCUGUUUGCUUUUCGCUCUCGCCUGGGCCGGCAGGUUGGCGGGAGGCAGCGGGGGCGCAGAUGUUGACGAGUGCGCAGAAGCUACGGAUGACUGUCACAUCGAUGCAAUUUGCCAAAACACGCCGAAAUCCUACAAAUGCAUCUGUAAGCCAGGCUAUAAAGGCGAAGGGAAACAAUGUGAAGAUAUUGAUGAGUGUGAAAAUGACUUCUACAAUGGGGGUUGCGUCCAUGAGUGUAUCAACAUUCCAGGCAACUACAGGUGUACAUGCUAUGAUGGCUUCAUGUUAGCCCAUGAUGGCCACAACUGCCUCGAUGUUGAUGAGUGUCAGGAUAACAACGGAGGGUGCCAGCAGAUUUGUGUAAAUACUAUGGGAAGCUAUGAAUGUCAGUGCAAAGAGGGUUUUUUUCUGAGUGAUAACCAGCAUACCUGCAUUCAUCGCUCCAUUGAGGGUAUGAACUGUAUGAACAAAGAUCAUGGGUGUGCACACAUCUGCCGGGAGACGCCCAAAGGUGGGGUUGCCUGUGAAUGUAGGCCUGGCUUUGAACUUGCCAAAAACCAGAAGGACUGCAAAUUAACCUGUAACUAUGGGAAUGGAGGCUGCCAACACACCUGUGAUGACACAGAUACUGGUCCUGUGUGUGGUUGUCAUCAGAAGUAUGCCCUACAUUCAGAUGGCCGAACCUGCAUUGAGAAGGAUGAGGCUGCAAUUGAGAGUUCUGAGUACAAUGCCACGUCAGUAGCUGAUGUGGACAAGCGGGUGAAACGGCGGCUACUUAUGGAAACAUGUGCUGUCAAUAAUGGAGGCUGUGAUCGGACUUGCAAGGAUACCGCGACAGGGGUACGAUGCAGUUGCCCGGUUGGAUUUACCCUGCAGCCCGAUGGGAAAACGUGCAAAGACAUUGAUGAGUGCUUGGUAAACAAUGGUGGCUGUGACCAUUUCUGCCGAAACACAGUUGGCAGCUUUGAGUGCAGCUGCCAGAAAGGCUAUAAACUGCUCACAGAUGAACGGACCUGCCAAGAUAUUGAUGAGUGUUCCUUUGAAAGGACCUGUGAUCACACCUGCAUCAACUACCCUGGAAGCUUUGAAUGUCUCUGCCAUAAAGGCUACACCUUGUAUGGACUGACACACUGUGGAGAUAUUGAUGAAUGCAGCAUCAGCAAUGGUAGCUGCGACUAUGGGUGUCUUAAUACAAUGGGGAGCUAUGAAUGUGUCUGUCCAUCCGGAAAGAAACUGCACUGGAAUAAGAAGGACUGUGUUGAGAUGGUGAAAUGUCUCCCAAAUGCCAAACCAGCCCCCAAGGCUCAGCUAGUGUGUAGUAAGACAGGAGGCAUAGAGAGCUGCUUCCUGUCGUGCCCGUCUAACACUCUUUUUGUUCCAGAUUCAGAGAACAGCUACACGCUGAGCUGUGGCGUUCCUGUCCAGCAAGGCAAGGCUCAGCAGAAACGCAACGCCACCCUGCCCAGCUGCGCAGAUUCAUUAGCCCCUCCAAUCAAGCAGAAAGCUCGUUUUAAAAUUAAAGAUGCAAAGUGCCAUUUACGGCCUCGCAGCAAAGAAAAAACAAAAGAUUCUGGGAAGCAAGCUGUUUUAGGAGGUCAAUUCCCUUGUACAGACAACUGCCAGGUGACCUUUGUGAAUCUCAAAUGCGAUUCCUCCAAGAAAAAACGCCGAGGCCGCAAGUCACCAUCGAAAGAAGUGUCCCAUAUCACUGCAGAGUUUGAAGUGGAGAUGAAGUCAGAAGAAGUCUCAGACACCUGUAACAUGGACUGUGUUCGGAAAAGGAUGGAGCAGAAGCUGCAAACUGCAAUCAAAACAUUGAGGAAAUCUAUUAAUAAACAGCAAUUUUACAUUCAGUUUUCUGGGACAGAAUAUGAAGUGGCUCAGAAGCCAGCUAAAGCUACUGAGGGGCAUGAAGCUUGCAGUACAGGGCAAGUGCUGCAGGAUGGAAAAUGCGUUACCUGCAGCACGGGCACCUUUUAUAGCGGAGAACAUAAUCAGUGCGUUCCUUGCUCACCAGGAACAUACCAAGACACAGAAGGUCAACUUACCUGUGAGCCUUGCCCGAGUAACGAUGGACAGGGAGUAGCGGGCGCCCGGAAUGUGUCAGAAUGUGGAGGGCAGUGUUCUCCUGGGCACUAUUCUUCGGAUGGUUUUAAACCGUGUAGAGUCUGUCCUCUUGGUACAUACCAGCCCGAACCAGGAAGGACCCUCUGCUUCCCCUGUGGCGGUGGGCUUGUGACCAAGUAUGAAGGUGCUGUUUCCUUUCAAGACUGCGAAACCAAAGUUCAUUGUUCUCCUGGACACUACUACAACUCCACAACACACAGAUGUAUCCGAUGCCCCGUGGGAACAUACCAGCCUGAGUUUGGUCAAAACUACUGCAUCACCUGCCCUGGGAAUACAAGCACAGAUUUUGAUGGCUCCACUAAUGUUACGCACUGCAAAAACCAGCACUGUGGAGGAGAACUCGGGGAUUAUACUGGCUACAUUGAAUCGCCCAACUAUCCUGGAGACUACCCAGCUAACGUUGAAUGCAUUUGGAAUAUAAAUCCACCCCCAAAGAGGAGAAUACUCAUCGUAGUACCUGAGAUAUUCCUCCCAAUUGAAGAUGAAUGCGGUGAUGUUUUAGUAAUGAGAAAAAGUGCUUCUCCUACUUCAAUUACUACAUACGAAACAUGUCAGACUUACGAGAGACCUAUUGCAUUUACCUCAAGAUCGAGGAAGCUCUGGAUUCAGUUCAAGUCAAAUGAAGGAAACAGUGGCAAAGGAUUUCAGGUCCCCUAUGUGACUUACGAUGAGGAUUACCAACAGCUAAUAGAAGACAUUGUUCGAGAUGGACGAUUAUAUGCAUCAGAAAAUCAUCAAGAAAUUCUAAAGGACAAGAAACUGAUUAAAGCUCUCUUUGAUGUGCUGGCACACCCACAAAACUAUUUCAAGUACACAGCACAAGAAUCAAAGGAGAUGUUUCCCAGAUCAUUUAUAAAGCUACUGCGAUCAAAAGUUUCCAGAUUUCUACGACCAUACAAAUAGUCUACUGGUAUUCAAUUUUUGGUUACUUUGCAUUCCUGUCAAAUAUUGUCUUUUCUCCAUAGUAGAAACAUUUGCUAAUUUGAAGGCUCUUUUUUGCAGUCUUUGUUUUCAAUUGUAUAUUGACGAAUACCUAUAAUGUUUUAUAAUCCUUAAAAGCCAAUGUUCUGAAUGGGAUUUUUACUAGAAAAAAAACCUGUGCAUCCUUGAGUGCAUCUAGUUGAAGAUCCAAAUUUGUGUCUGCACUAGUGUAUCUUCACUUUCCAUUUGAAAUUACAUUAUGUAGAAAAUAUUCUUUCUAGCUUUUUAUUUUUCAUCCACAAUAACUUUCAUCAAGGCAAAGAAGGAAUCUAUUCCAAUCUGAUUAAACUACCUGCAGAUAAGUUCUGUUGUAGAAAGAAGUAUGUAGUAUAAAUAAUAUUUGGAUUUUGAAUUGCACUUGAAGUUUAUAUUUGAAUCUUUAGAAGAAAACAAAACAAUCUAAAUUUUGCUAUUUCUCAUUCGUGGCUUAGUGGAACCUCUGUCCCAGUAGAAAUCAAAAGAGAAAAAAAGAAGAAAGAAAAAAAAAAAGAAAUGGAUGUAUAAUUUUGGUUUAUGAAUCACAUAAGAUUGAGUCCCAUGCCCUAAUGUCCUAAUGUUUUUAUCUGUCCUCUUCUAAACGUCUUCAGAGGUUUGCCACUGUCAGUGACUUCAUUGAAACAGAUUUAGCUCUGGAUUUCCAUUGGUCCCUUUGAAGGCAUUUACUGUAGGAUAGGUGAGAAAUGAACAACAACAGUAGUAGUCUGUUUUUCUUUCCGUUAUAGAGCAUCUAAUUAAGUACAAUAUAUAAAUAUAUAAAUAUAUACUUCUAUUUGUGGGUGCAUUAGUAAUGUUAUCUUUAGUUACUGUAAAUAUUAUUCAUGCUUAAAUCUCUACUCCCACACACCCUCUUUACUCAUAUCUAUUUGUAACUUUGCUUAGAUGAUUAAAUGACUUCUCCAAGUGCUUGUCACUUCCGUUAAGACCAAACUGAAGCCUUUUGAAGUUUUAUAAUACAGGAUAAUGGUUUACUCUGGGACAAUCUCCUUCAACAUACGUUAUUCCAGGAAAAAUAACAUCCGUUAAGAUGCAGCUGCUGAGGGUCAGCUAUUGCGUCUUCUUUGGGCACCUCUCACACACAGACCAACAGAGUUACCCCUGAGGACGACACACAUGAGAGGAGCUCACCAAGGAAGAAUUUUUGUUGGAUCUGCCAUCUCUAAACCGCUGGGAACAUACCUGUGUCACGGGCCCAGACUCUAAGGGGUGUGAGGGGGUGAACAGGACAGUUCAUCAGCGCAGCUAGAUGACUUGGAGGGCAGGCUCUGCAGUCUUCAGAGACCCGGUGCUCCCUUUUAUCACGAGUUUGCAACCGCAGUGCCCAUCAGCCACAGGGACUGUUGCAGACUGUAUGGUCUGCAAGAGCGCCUUAGCCUCAUGGUCAGGCCUUCAUCACAGAGCGACAGGUACUGGUGGGUUAAGAUGAUGAUAAAUCCUGUGUUUCCUGCUUUUUCCUGGCACAGGAGCUGAUUUCAAGGAGAAAGUAGACAUUUUUAUUAGUAUUUCAGUCUCUUUACUUUUAAGUCCCUUCCACUUGUAUAUCAUUCUCCCUUUUGAUCCUACAAGUCUAUUAUAUUGAGAAAUUACCUAUCACACCCACAUCCUUUCAGAAAAAGACUAACAUACAGUUUUCCUUCACUGCAUCUUUCUUGCAUAUCUACCCUGUAGUUUACCAUACCCUUGGAUGCUCUCAAAGACGUACAUUAAGGGUGGUUAUGGUUAACUUCUUACACUUUUUUUUGUCUUUGACCAAGUACUGUUUAAAUUUGCAAAGUUGUUUUUGUUGGCUACAAGUGGUUGAAUAUCCCAUUUCUAUGAGACAACUUAAGUGUUUUGUUGAGUUUUUCUGCUUAGCCAUCUUUUAAUUUUGCUUGCCUUCUUUCCUUUCCUGUUGAAGAGUAUAAUUUUUUUCUUUCUAUGCCUGAACAGUUUCAACUUAGGGUCUAACAGCUCAUAUUUUUCACUCAUGGAUCUUAGGUCUUUGACAAGCUUUCUCUUUAAUAUAUAUAUUUAUAUGUUAACUCUCAUUUCAAAAUGUAAAAUCUCCAUAAAAGUCAUUUUUAAAGGCUGUUAAACCUUUUUUGAGGAUGUUGAAACUACUUUUAUUAAAUAUUCAUUAUGGGUUACUAAAGGUGGACAUUCGAAGGAGAACAUAGCAUCAGUCCUAGAUUCAGUGCAUGCCUGAAACGAAAAGUUACAUGUAUUUUUUCCUUAACAGGAGUUAUUUAUAGAAAGAAAUUAAACCUUAAAAAAGCAAAAAUCUUUUUAGGUACUCAGUCAUGUAUAAGUGUAUAGCUAAAAAACUACUUCAGCCAAACAGUAUGUCGAAGUCUGAUAGGUUAUCCAGAAUGAUUAGAACGGGUCAGGAUUGCAGCCAUCCUACUGAAAGAUAUGAAGAAUAAGAUAUGAACGACAUGGAGAAAAAUAACUUCCUUGUUUGCUGAACAAUUUACAGUGAUCUCUAGUAUUUCAAAUUUUAGUAAGCAAACUUUGGGACCCGAUGCUGUGCCGUGAGUUUAGGAAAAUCCUUGCUAAAAUUUUUGCUUAACAACCCACGUGUUUGGAUGUAAUACCACUGUACAACACCGGUGUUAAGCAGGACAAACCUUGUUCCACUCUGGAACAGGGCUGAAAGUAAUUGCCUUACGAGUCCAGAAACUACUGGCAGCACCAUAACAUUUUGCAGGUUCUUAGCUACAUGGGGAAUCCCGUGCCAGAUUGCAACUGCAAGAGGGACGUGUUCCAGUUGUGACCACUGUCAAUGGGACCUCGGUACAGCUGUGAGAGGUGAAUACAAGAGGGACUGGCUGCAUUUAGCUCUGUUGCAACUUGCUGUGAUUUACAACCACGUUAAGCAAAAACAGGGAUUUGUCUAGUUCAUCCUGACAGACAACCUGAGACAGGGCGCUCAGAGACUUCUGUAGCAAAUGUAGACUUCGUGUUGCUGUAAGCAGCAAAAGAAAGAGAAUAAUUUGGCCUUCAAAAGUAUAAAGUGAAAUGCUUCUGAAUAUAUAGGGGCUUCAUGUGUAUUUAGAAAAUGAGUCAGGUUCAAGUGUUUGCAGCUCUCCAUAGAAAUGCCCUUGGAUGUACAGAUUUCUAAUGAAAUAAGUAAUUACAAGGGGUAUAUAAGGACUCUCUGAACCAAUUUCAGCUGAUUUGUACAACAGGACAGAAUUUUUACAUCAGCUCUAAAAGUUAAAAAUGCUUUGACUUUGAUACUAGAUUCAUAGUUACAGAAACUGAAACAGCAGAAGGUGAGCUCAGCUCUUCAUUUGUUAAUGCAGGGGUAGGAUGUCUUCAUUGUCAGAAGUCAGAGAACAUAUUGCUACUAUACAAUAACAGUACAACAGGGAAUGUAUUCUUCUGUGGAGAAGACCUAGACACAUGUGGGAAUCAAAAACUAUACAAGGAGAAAUAUGGCCACCUUUAAGAAAACCAGCUUCAUGAAAUUAAUCAAUGCAUCGCAGAAUAUAAAAUUUUGGCUUUUACUCUAAACAUGAAAUAUUCCAUUUAAACAUAUUCAAUAGAUACAGCCCUGUAUCUGUUCUUAUGGAAUUACGUGUUGCAUGCAGGAUAGGUGCAUGUGUUAUUACAGGAAGGCUGAAGAAGUGUCUAUUAGUGAUUGCCCAAUUCCCAAUCACAAACUGAGCUUUUUAUUUUCAAUUUGCAGGUGCCUGUAUGCUGAAAAGCUGCACCUGUAGCACUUAACUAUUUUAAGCCUCUCCUUCUGCUUUAAAUACUGCACUUAUUUUUAGUGAGAUGGUGGUGAAUCACCCCUAAACAUUCUCAUGUGCCACCAAAUCACCACCUGCAUACCUGCUGCAGUCCAGGAGACUGCAACAAUCAGAAGUUGCUAAUCAAGCCCUAAGUCGUGCUGUGGAAGUGCUCGUUAGUGAUUGCUGUGGGCAAGGUGCCUGUGUGUGUGCCAUUUGAGUACAGGGAGCAUCAGGAUUUGGUAUGCGAUAGAUCGCCGCCUGCAUCUUGCCUGCAAUAGCAAGGUUUAUUCUGACUGAAGAGUCAGCUCACUGAAACUGGAUUGAAAGCCACUGAAUUCUUCUUUCAGUCCGUUUUCUUGCCUUCUUGCCCUGCCUUCCUUCCUCCAUCAUACAUUAGAUUUUUAGCUAAAGACCAUUUCUUUUCAAAAGAAAUUUAUUUCCUCGUUGUGCCUCCCCCAUAGAAUAAAGUUAAAUCACAGUGUGUUAUAACCACUGACGAUUUAGACUGAUCUUUCCUACACAUCAGCUUCAUCCUAGGGUAAGCUUACUUAAAACUGGGUUGCCUAGUAAGCUAGAUUUAGUUUAGUUUAAGUUUAGUUUUAGACUAGCUUAAAUAAAUACAGGCUUGGUUGCAGAGUUUUCAGAGAGUCCGCAUUCUGAGUUGUCAGCUGGUUUUGAAAGAGCAGAGCUCGCUUAUGGUCCUCUGUAAGCAGAACACAAGGAUGAUGCCACAUGAGCAAGAAACACGCUUACAUGCAUUAAGCAUUCAAAGAGGGAAGUCAAACCCCACCCCAUGCCCCUUUGUAAGCGUGCCCAACAGAUUUAUCAGGUCAGUCUUAUCUACGAACAACCCAGUUUUAAUCUGGUGGAUAACAAGUUACGAACUUCAGGAGCAAAACUAGUGGUGUGAUUUUUAUACAAGAACUGCUGGCGGGUCUUUGCCAGCAGAACUUAACCACUCUGUGACAGUUCCCAUGUCUGGACUCCAGUUACCUUUGAGUGCUCUUAAAAAAGAAGCUGGAGUGAAAUCUUCAACAACAGAAUCCAGUGGCAAAUUUCUCAGCCACCUCAGGGGUCUGGAUUUUCCCUUUUCUAAUUGUGGGAAUGAGCAACACAUGCAGUUACUUGUACCUGUGUAAUGAGUUCAAAUAGCUGCAUUUUUUUCAUAGUCUGAAACCACUGAUUGAUAGGAAUAGUAGUAACUGGAGAAGUUCUAUAGGCUCUCAAUACUUUGAGACUUUAAUUAAAUAGUUUUCUAGGGCGAGAGACUGUUGUAAGCACUUGGGGGGGAAAAAAAAGACUUCUGUCUCCCAUAAGAAUUUAUGGAAGAAGGGAAAUUUCUGUAAGGUAAUAUAAACUUAUUCCUCACUAUGAGACUUGGAUUCAGACAGAAGUCUCACGUUCUUAUCAUAACGUUUUUCAUCUGAAUAGAAACAGACUGGGAAAUAAACUCCUAAUGUCAAAAAACUGUUAUCUAAGUAUCUGAAUAUAUACAAUUCCAGGUUUUUUUAUUUCAUUUAUUUAUUCUGUUUCAUCACUAAGCUUUUAAUCUAUAAAAUUAAUAUGUAAUAUACAAGAGUAAAAUGUACAGAAGUACCUUUAGAUGUAAUAAUUUAAACCAUCUGUAUUCAGAAAGCGGAGGUAACAAGUUUAAAGAUAUACAAACAAUUGCAAUCAAUUUUAGCUGAAUUUCUCAAUAUCUAGAAAAAGAAGUGGCUUUGCUUAAUUAAACUUUAUUUUAAUGAUUGUGAAAAUAUCUUUGUUAGAGUUUGGUUUUGUUACUUUUUUAAUUAAAAUUAUUUUGUAAAUAUUGUUUUCUAUGUUUUAUACCUUAGAAAGGACGUUAAUUUGCAUUGACAGCAGCAGAUACCCAACAUUAUGAUUAAAAAGGUACUUUAGGAGACUGGGGCGGAUGUGGUCAGUAGUCAGAUUCAUCCGUCCAGAUUACUGCUCCUGUUCUUUCGGCAGUCUCACUGGUGUCAUAGGAAGAGUUCUCUGGGGCAAUUUAACCUGCUAAUUUUCAUAGAAUUGACUGUCAAGUGUCAUUCCGAAGUGCUUACCAUCUUCAUAGCGUAUAAAGGAUAUCUAUUUUACAGUUAGUACUUCUAGUUCUUCUUCUGUCAUUUAGGAUAAGAAACAAGCCAAAAUUCACAAGUUAAAGGGAAUUCAAAAGAUAUGCCCACAUAUAGUACAGAGACAAGGAAAGGAAUGGUAUCUGUGCACCUAGGUAGCAGUGGAAGUGAUAAAACCUGGUAUUGAAUGGAAUCAUAGAGCAUUUUUAGGCAAAACUGCCGCUGAGGUCAGUGGUAGUUUCACCUACAUAAAGUUCAGUAUAUUGUGUCCAUCAUCUGUUAAGCAGGAAUUUCUAGUAGACUAGAUUUCAGGGGAGAAUAUCUGUGUGUGUAAUACUGGUUUCUGUACCAAUUUGCUCCGUGUAAAUCACUGGGCACAAGUGACAUUUUGAACUAAACCCUUGUAGAUGCUGCUGGGAAUUCUAAGCUUUAUUAUGAAUGUAAAUUAUGUACAAACAGCUAUUUCCAUAUGAAAUGUACCAUGAUAGUUUAGAGCAAAGAUAGUGAAUAACUGUACAAAAUUUGAUACUUAGAAAAUAAAAUACAGUGGUCUAAGCUUUACCAAUAUUUUAACAAUACCGUCAGAUUUGUAGUAGAAAAUGUUGUUGUAAAUGUACCUUAUAAGAAAAUACAUUUCCUUUUGCCUCUGUAUAUUAAUAGCUUUGAUUUCUAUGUCAAAGCUCAAAAUGAAGCAUGUAAUAAAAAUUUUGUUAA